AUUUCAAACACUUCUACUCGGAAGCUUAUCCCAGACAGCAGAUACUACAGCUGCGAAUUAUGUACGCGGCGUCCGCUCGACGGGAUUAUUUAACGUUGAAAAUGGACUGCGCCGUUAGUCCAGUGUAUAAUAUUCUUUGAAAUUUAAUAAAUUUUGAAUUUAAUCAAAAAAUUUUACCGUUAAAAACUCUAGUGGAAGUGCAAGUGUUGCGAAAUCAUUGUGAAAAAAGUGAGUACAAAUUGGUGCUUCUGAAAAGCAGCAAGUAAGAUUCCAAUCGAUGUGGCUCAACUAACCGUUCUAACGUUUUGCUGUUGGUGUUGGUGUCGGUGGCAUAGUUGUUGGUGUUGCAAAAUUCAUGCUGAUGCGUUGGCAAUUUCCGUGAAUUCAUCGUCAUCAUUGUCAACCGUUGCGAAAAUAAAUCAGUAUAUCCACGCAAGAUAUAACCAAAAAUUUAGUGCUACGAGGCGUGUUGUUGCUGGCGUGGAAAUUUACGAAAUUGUCAAGAAAACUCGAAAACUCAAAAAAUGGGCAAUCAACAGGGAAAAUUACAAAAUCAAAAUCAAAGCGGAAGACCCAAAAAAGUUGUUACUUGGAAAUCAGCAGAACGACCCUCUCCACCGGGACGUCCCGUGUUAAUACCACUUUCCGAACAGCAACCGGAUGUCGUCAACUUACGUUGGGAGCGUCCGAAGCUGGAUGGCGGUUCACCUAUAACAGGCUAUGUUGUCGAACAUCGUCGUAUGGGUUCGCCACAUUGGGUACGCGCCACACCCGUAGCAGUGCCACAAUGCGAGGUAUCAAUUAGCGGUUUAGAACCCGGUUGGCGUUAUCAAUUUCGCGUAUUUGCCGAGAAUAUUGUGGGUCGCUCGGAUCCCAGUGACCUAUCUGAUGCACUUACAGUCACACUACAGCGCACCGCCAUCUGUGUACCGAGUUUUAUUGAGGAGCUGCAGGAUCGCCAGGCUGUCGAAGAUGAACGUAUUGAAUUUCGUGUGCGUGUGGUGGGACAACCAGCACCGGAAAUCAAUUGGUUCAAAGACGGUUAUGAAAUAUUCAGUAGUCGACGAACGAAAAUUUUAAACGACAACGACGUCAGUGUCUUGAUUAUUCACCAAGUGGCGCUCACCGAUGAGGGUGAAAUCAAGUGCACGGCGACAAAUCGAGCUGGCCACGUGGCCACUAAGUCCCAGCUAAUGGUGCAAGCACCGCCAAAAAUACGUCUACCACGCACCUAUGAAGAUGGUUUAAUCGUCGAGUCGGGUGAGGUAUUGCGUUUGAAAGUUGGUGUGGCUGGGCAACCACCACCGGCUGUUACAUGGCUGCACGAGGGCGAGGUAGUGCCUAAUGGUGGACGCUUUGAAAUUUCAAACACCGACCGUAAUUCAUUGCUUAAAAUCGACAGUAUACAGCGCGAUGAUCGUGGCGAGUACAGUGUGCGCGCGUGGAAUCGGUUGGGCGAAGAUGUGACCUCAUUUCUGGUCACAGUUACUGCGCGUCCGAAUCCGCCGGGCAAAGUACGACUCAACAUGUCGUUUGGCAAGUCGGCGACACUGUCGUGGACAUCGCCACUCGACGAUGGCGGUUGUAAAAUCGGCUAUUAUAUUGUCGAAUAUUUUCGUGUUGGUUGGAACGUUUGGCUUAAAGCGGCCACCACCAGGUCCCUCAGCACCACAUUACAUGACUUAAUCGAAGGUUCCGAGUAUAAGUUUCGCGUGAAAGCUGAAAAUCCAUACGGCUUGAGCGAUCCUAGUGAGGAAUCCGAAGUACUCUUCAUACCUGAUCCGAAACGUGGCAUAACGAAACCAAAGUCUGACUCCAAACUAACAGAGGAAAAAAGCAAGCCGGCACCGCCACGUCGCAAAGCAUUAUCUCCACCGCGUCCGCAUGCGGAUGCGUCGACGGAAAUAUCACCUGGCGCAUUGCGUAAACCAAAACCACAAUUGGUCGAUACGGAAGUUCUACAUCGAGAAAUGUCCUAUGGGACAGCCGAUAAGGCGCUGAAGCUGGACAUACGUCGUAGUCCGUCGAACCCUAAUACACAACAACAAUCUUCACCAGGCUCACCCGGCACUAAUGCGUUAACUAUGAGCACAAAACCGUCACUCACACCGUCCCCAACAUCGCCAACUGCAAAGUCACCACAACGUUCACCAUUGGCUGAAAAGAAGUCGAUGCCACAAUUCCUACAGCAAUUACUACCAUCUAAGGAUAAGUCGCCAUCACCAUCGGCACACAAGCCAACGCCAGCAUUGGCAACUCCAGAACCAGAACUGACGCCCGAAAAACCAUCCACACCGGAGCUAUCGCGUUCCUCAUUAAAUCGCAAGCAUAGCCUUAGUCCUCUGCGCAAUAGUCCCACUCCACCAGAAGUGAUUAACAAGACACCAGCUUUGCAACGCAGUACCGAACCCGUGCAUCUGGGUGUUAAUCAGCAGGUACGGCGUCUUUCGGGACACAGUCUUAGUCCUGCGAAAAAUGCACCAUCCUUAGCUGUUGCCAUAGCGACAGGAGCGCUUGGCACGAUGGCUAUGCAAACAGAAAAUUCGCCCGAAAUAAAAAAGCGAGAACGUAAACAGGCAACCGCAGACCGAAAUGAGCGACCCAAAUUGAGUGAAACUACUAAACGCCUAGACCAGAAGUACCAGGAAAUACAGCGCGAUCAUCAAGAAGAUUUUAUGCAAGCAGAGAGAGGUGAACGACGUGAACAUUUCGAUACGCGAAAAACACAACUCGAAGAGCUUGAAAGUCAACAACAGUUGAAACGGAAGGAGCAAAGAGAGAAACUCGAACAAACGCAGAGAGACAAACAGGCAGAGUGGAUUGAAUGGGUUGAAAAAGCGAACGGAAACAAUGCGGCCCUACAGAAUAAAAACCAUACCAAUAACCACAACAACAAUCACAAAAAGCAAAACGUCUCAACCCUCACAAACCCCACCAUACAAAUUAGUGCACCGCCACCUGCCAAGGAGCCCAUUUCGCCAUCUCCGCCCAACAGUCCGCUCUCUCUAGCGGAGAAACAUGAUGAUGUGCACACCAGCAACGAAUUUAUGUUAGUCGUCUUCGAUAAACAUAGUAAAGUUAAGGAUAAAAAUAAGCAAGACUCCUUUGAAUUGGAUCUAGAAGAUGCACUACAACCACCACCGAUUUCGAUCUCUUCACCGGAUCUCGCCUCACUAGAAUUUACAAAUCUACACACCUUCCCACUUCGACGUUCGGUUAGCUCCACGGAGCUUUUGUACGAACGAGCCAUGGCACGCUUUUACGAAGCGGUCGAACUGGAGGAAGCUGAAAAAGCGCGCAAGUUAAGAAAUAUACAAGAUAAAGAGAAGCACAAAGAAAAUGAGAAAGGCUGGGAAAAGGAUAUGGAUAAACCAAUUGCUGGCGGCGGUUUACAACCACCUUUCGUGCGCAAGCGUCUCGGCUCUAUGACUGAAGCGGAACGUCUAUCUUUCGAACGCCGCAGUGAGUUACGACGUCAGUCCGAGAGUUUUGUACAAGAUCUCAAAACAGCCGUAGCACGUUGGGGUUCACGUGAAAAUUUGUCUGGCACGAAAAUGCUUUCACGUACGACCGGUAUGCUACUAAACAAGGAUGAAAGUCGUGACGAAGAUGAAAGGGGGGCAGAAGAUUACGACGCUGAAGAUUAUGAUGAUUUGCUAGAAGGUGAUACUGCUAGCGGCUAUCAGGCUAGAGCAGAACCUACGAAGCAGGCAAGCUUUGAAAUUGAAUCGGACUACACUGAGAGCACAGCAAGCUCAGAAGAUGAUUCAAUUGAGAAAUUCAAAAUGGAAUUGAGAGCGCGCACAAAAACACCAAGUCCACCGAGAGCUAGUCCACCUAGAGACCAUAUGGAAACUUAUCAUCCUCGUAAUAUGUCGGCAGGUGUGUUUACGCCAUAUCGUGCGGCUUUACCGGAUAAUGCAGCAGUCGUACUGACGCGCCCAGCACCGCUCACCGACCCAGACUUUGUGCCGAAGCCGAUUUUGAAACGACCGUCGAAUGAGAAUGUGCAACCGCUCGUCGAGGCGGCGCUAGGGAACAAUAACAAUAAUAAUAGCAAUAAUAAUGUAAGGAAGAAUAGUUUGGAGAACGUUGAAAGCCUAAGCGACAACCAUAAAGAUCAGAACGCCAACAACACUGCCAGCCAGGAGAAGUCCGGUUUUGCCGAAAGUUUCAUGUCAUUCUUCAAGCGUGAUGCGCGUUCAAACGCGGAGAAAACUACCGAGGAAAAUGCCGGUGCCAGCGCUCUUACUGGUAAACCGAUACCUUUAAGUCCCACUGUCGUCGCCGCCGAAUUGGAAGCACAACGUAAGGCUAAAGAAGAGGAGAAUGCCAAGCGACAGGAAGCCGAAAGCGCAAUGCGUGAAGAAUCAUACGCCGUUGUGGAUCACUACAGCGAUAUUGUAAGUCAGAUCAGCACCACACGCAAGUAUCACACACCACUCUAUCUCGACAAGAAUGAAUUGCAAAAGGCUGGCGACAAAAGAGAUUAUGACGAAGAAAUGCGUAUGCGUCGCUCGCAAUCACCUGACGGUGGUCUUAUGCCACCCAUAAGUAAUAAGCCGCGUCUCUCAAUAUCCGAACGUGGUCAAUUAGUGCAUGUACGUGAAACCGGCAGUGGCAUGGCAUACACCGAACACCCCAAGGAAGCGGUGCCGGAUACACCAACGCCGAGUGAGGACAGCUCACAAGCUUUUAUCAUGCCAUCAGUGAAAGAGAGCAAACCGCCAACUAUUAACAACAAAGUAAACACCACUACUCCCAUAACACCCACAACUACAACAAUAAUGUCGGAAUUGCUGGCAAAUGAUGAGAGCACCACCGCUGAGGUAAUCAGCGAAACAACCUACGAGCGUCCAGAUUCACGCGGACGCACACGCAUCGUCAAGGUCAAGCGUAUCAUUAAGAAGCGUGUGCCAUCACGCUCCAGAGAUGCUUCACUCAACCGGCCACCAUCAAGCGCUGCAUCGCAGCAAGAUAUAGAUUUUGAGAUUCCCAACGAAUCGCAAGCGCCGGUCAGAAGACGUGUGCUCUCGCGUACACGCACCUCUACCGGACAAUCAAAGUCACCCGGACCCUACGGCAGACGACCGCUACCAGCAGCAUCAGCAAUGGCCACUGGUGUGCUGCCGCCACCACCCGAAGUGUUACUCUCCAUGAUCGCAAACGAGAAGCAGGAGACGAAGAGCGUGGAACAGCUGGAGGAGGAGGCGCAUGAAAAAGUCCGUUCCGCGCUCAGUUAUUCCACCGAUUUGGUCCUGUUUAUGGUGGCUUGCUAUGUUUAUCUCUUCAAGGAUGCUUGGCUAGUUUUGCCCAUAUUAUCUCUGAUGAUCUACAGACAAUUAGGCGACUUCAUUAAUGAUUGCAUACCGAAAUGGAUGAAACGGAAAAAGAAUUGAUAAAGAGAGAGUUUCAAAGAAUUAAUAAUAGUGUGACUAAACAAAGACAAACUAUCACUGGACAUACUAAAGAGUAUAUGGAAAACUACAUGAUAAGACACAUAACGAAUGCAUUGCAAUUGUUGGAGAGUACGAGCGCCUUUUCACGAAGAGCGGAUAAAGGCAGCCGAAGUGCUUGCCCGGUCCUUAGCGAUUUUUUUGAACUAUUGAGGGGGAGGAAGCGUGAAAUAAACAGUUUAAUUGAAAUAAAUCGGAAGUGAAAUAAAAAGUUAUAAUAUUUAAAUAAAAAAAUACUAUUAAAAAAAAUUAAUAGAAUGUUUUGAAAAGUGAAGCAAUUUAAAUCAAGAAUAAAAAAAAAUAUUUUUAAAAAAUAAAAUUAUUAAUAAAUAUAAUAAGUGAUAAAAAGUUAUAAUAUUUACUAAAAAAUAAUUUAAAAAAAUUAAAUAUGAUUUUAAAAUGUGAAUAAAAUUUAUUUUCCAAUGCACUAACAAUUAUUUAAAAAAAAUAAUAAAAAAUAAUAAAAUAAAGUAAAUUUAAUAAAUUAUUUAAAUAUAAAUUUUAAUUCAAUAAUUAUCAUAAAAUUAAAAUCUAUAAAAUAAAUAUAGCGCAAAUUAAUUUAUUUAUUUAUUAAAUAAGUUGAAAAGAGUAAAUAAUAAUAUUCUUAAUUUUUUUCUCAUUUUUUUUUUGUUUUUUAUUACUUUUAUGUUAAAUAAUUUUUAUUUUCAAAAUAAGACAAAUAUUAAUUUAAACAUAAUUAAGGUUCUUAAUAAAAUUUAAAAAAAAUCAUUUUUGUUUCUACUUUUUAUUUAUUGUUUUAUUAUUAUUUACUUUAUUUAAAAACUCUAAAAAAGUAAAGAAAUAAAAAUGUUCAUUAUAAUUCGGAAUUUAAAAUGAGUUUCGUAUUUUGUUAAUAAAAAUAAUGGAAUAAUAAUAUUCAAAUAUUUAAAUAAAUAAUAAACAGUCAAAAUAAUCGCCCCCGAACUCGAAAAAUUAUCGCCAAGGACCGGGCAAAGUGUUCGCAAUUUCUUGCUAAAACAACAACUUUACAACAAAAAGUGCUAAAGUUCGCAAAAAAUAAAUUUUACCUAUAGUUGCAUAUAUACAUCUAAACUCACAUACAUACACACUACAUUUACGAAAAAUUAAAAUACAUACAAUUUCUAUAUUCUUUAAUAAUUAAGUUUAUACUUUUAAUUAUGUAUGUGUAUGUACAGCAGUAAUGAAAAGAAAACUGAAAAAAUAAACAAAAUAUGUUAAUUGACCAGAAAUCUUAUGUACAUUACAUAAUGCAUACAUUGAAUAAUAUAUAAUAUUAUAUAAUAUAAUUUAUCCAUCUGAAAAGAUCAUUAAUGUUACUUUUCUUUGUUGAAUGCAUUGUAAUAUCGCAACAGAAAAUUAUUCAAUAAAAUUUAUAAGAGAAACAUAUAAAAA